UUCCUUUCUCAGCGUUUUUCAGGCUUAUGGUAUAUAAUUUGUUUUUUAUUUUAAUUUUUUGGUUCAUGAUUGGUUUUGCAGGUUUUGUUUGUGUAGAGGAGACGGUAACUUGGCUGGUGCACCGUCUGUUUUCAGUCGAGGGUGGCUAAGAAGUGUUGCACUGCUCCAAAUUCCUUUUGUUUAAACCUUCUCAGGUUUUACAAGUUCUUGCUGCAAGCGGUGAUUGUCGUCCUGCACUCUAGCAACCGUAAAGAACACAGCUUUAGAGAUUUAAUGGAAGACACAGAGAUAACUCCCAUCUCUGAGUUACGGCCAUAUAUAAAGGCUGAGAAAAUCAAAUCUCGCGUUUGUAGAAUAUGGAAAUCAACAAUUCCCAGAACUACUAAAAAAUGCACAUCUCUACACUGCAUUUUGCUUGAUGAGACGGUGAGAAAAUAUUGGUUUAUUAUUUUGAUGAAGAAUUAUAACAAGAAUGAUUGACUGGUCAAUUAAUAUUUUUGUUUAUCAUACUUUGUAAUACAUUCAAUAAUGAAUCUUAACUGUAUACAGAUAAUCAUAACAAAUUGAUAUAUAUUUUGUCAUUAAUUUUACAUCAUUAUUUAAUUGCAUAUCCUGUAAUUUAUAUAGAUUGCAAGUAAACAUAUGAAUUAAAUAUUUUUAGGUGAACUUCACACUUGGUUAAACUUUUUUACAUUUUUUCUGUUUCUUAAUUUUUUAAGUGUUGGUUCAGCAGCUGACGUAAUUAUUUUAUCUCUUGAUGUGAUUGCAUCUCUCCAUGUUAACAAUUUAAUAUAUGCAUAUUGAAGAAUAAUAUCUAUUUUUUUCCAUUUAUUAAUCUCCUUUUUAACUCUGUUCAUUUCCCCCCACCCCCCCUCUUUUUAACUUUUUUUUUUUUUUUUUUGGGUUCAUUUUAUUUGCGUAACCAAUUGUAAAGAAACAUGCCGGACAUUUACUACAAGACUAUAGCUUCAAAAAUUGAACCUGGGGUUGCUAUGAAAUCACAAAUUUUCGGACCACUAGAAUGAAAGGCCAGUACAACGUGGUACCGUAUGAGACUCAGCUUAUAUUCAGUGGUAAAACAAAUUUCAAAAAGCUCUCAAAUGUGUUUCCGCCUAUUCCUCAACACCGGUUUUUCCUACAGGAUUACAACACUCUUUAUCCCCGCUUGAACAAAGUUGACAUUCUUACAGAUGUCAUUGGUCAUCUCACUUCAAUGCAACAUUUAGAGCCAAAACAGAUUAAUCAAAAGGUAGCAUACAAGUGGGAUAUACACAUUCAAAAUGUCAGAAGGGAACAACUCACUGUUACACUAUGGGGAGACGUUGCUGAAGAAUUUUGUUCUUCAUCUGUCCAAGCACUGCCUCUCCCAAUUGUUGUCGUUUUUACAAGCUUAAAAGUGAAGCUUUAUAUGGAUAAAAUUGUGAUGAACAGUACUGGUUGCCCACUUUUCUUUUUUGAUCCGGACAUCCCAGAAGUUAAUGCAUCCAAGUCGGUGUAAGUAUUUCUAUAGCUUUUAACACAAUUAAACUGUUUUAACUUUUGUAAAAGCAAAAGAAGUAUUAGUUUCGUAAAAUUAUUCAAACAGUUAUACAUUUUCAA